AUGCUUCGAGCGAUCGCGCGCGGACGACGGGCGAUCGCGGGACGAUGCGCGUCGGUGCGCGCGCGCGUCGUCGGUGUCGACGACGACGCCGUCGCCGACGUCGCGACCGCGCGGCGAUGGAUGAGAGGGGCCUCGAGCGGGGCGACGCAUCAUCUCGGGGACUUCUCCAACGCGUCGUUCCACGAUCGACCGCUGUCGUUGGAACAUAACGGUGGAUUGAAGGAAUAUUCCGUGGUGUACACCGAUCGAGCGGUGAAUCACAUGAGCUCGACGUUUUGUGAGACGAUGAAGAACAUCGACGGGAUGAUGAAGCGGGCGUACAACGCCUCGGGCGUCGUCAUCAUGCCGGGAAGCGGGACGUACGGCAUGGAGGCCGUGGCGAGGCAGUGGUGCACGGGGAAGAAGGCUUUGGUUUUGCGAAACGGGUACUUUUCGUACCGGUGGACGGAUAUUUUUGAACAAACUGGCAUUCCGAGCGAAACCGUGGUGAUGCGCGGACGGGCGGUGGACGACGAGGCGCAGCCGGCGUUCGCGCCGCCUCCGCUGGCGGAGGUUGUGGAGAUGAUCGCGAAAGAAAAGCCCGCUGUGGUGUUCGCGCCGCACGUGGAGACGUCCACGGGGAUCAUUUUGCCGGAUGAGUACAUCAAGGGCGUCGCCGACGCGGUGCACGCGCACGGGGGCUUAUUCGUGCUCGAUUGCAUCGCGAGCGGCACGAUUUGGGUCGACAUGAAGGAGACUGGCGUGGACGCCAUCCUGAGCGCUCCGCAAAAGGGUUGGACCGGUCCGGCGUGCGCGAGCGUGAUCAUGCUCGGCGAGCGCGGGGUGCACGCGACGCGAAACUCCACCUCGACCUCGAUGGUCAUCAACAUGCGCAAGUGGCUCGAACUCAUGGAUUCGUACCUCGCGGGGGGGUUCGCGUAUUACACGACGAUGCCCACGGAUGCUCUGAUGCUCUUCGAACGCGCCGCAAAGGCCACGGAGGCCAUCGGGUUCAACGAAACCAAGGCUGCGGCGUGGGCGCUCGGUAACGAGUGCCGUAAGAUGAUGGCGGCCAAGGGGUUGAAAUCCGUCGCCGCCAAGGGGUACGAGGCGCCGGGCGUCGUCGUCUCCUACACGGACGACGCCGCCAUGUUCGCCAAGUUCAAGGCGAAGGGCUUCCAAAUCGCCGCCGGCGUGCCCUUCAUGAUCAACGAACCGGCCGGUAACAACACCUUCCGCAUCGGUCUCUUCGGCUUGGACAAGAUUAUGAACAAGGACAACUGCAUCAACACCCUCGAGCCGACGCUCGCCGAGAUUCUCCGCGAGAAUGAAUCCGCGGCGGAAAAGACCGCGUGA